UUAACGUUGGGGAAGACUGCCCCGUGUUUGACGGGCUGUUUGAGUUUUGUCAGCUCUCUGCCGGAGGCUCCGUUGCCAGCGCCGUGAAGCUGAACAAGCAGCAGACGGAUAUCGCUGUGAAUUGGGCAGGAGGCCUUCACCACGCCAAAAAGUCGGAGGCUUCCGGCUUCUGUUAAGCCAACGAUAUCCUUCUGCUGGGGAGAAACGCAGCAUUUUGACUCCUUUCUGAUCCUAGGUAUCACCAGAGGGUGCUGUACAUCGACAUCGACAUUCACCACGGAGACGGCGUGGAGGAAGCCUUUUACACCACGGACCGUGUCAUGACCGUGUCCUUCCACAAGUACGGAGAGUACUUCCCCGGAACGGGGGACCUGCGGGACAUCGGUGCAGGAAAAGGCAAGUACUACGCCGUCAACUACAUCGACGACGAGUCCUACGAAGCAAUAUUCAAGCCGGUGAUAUCUAAAGUGAUGGAGACGUUCCAGCCUAGUGCCGUCGUCCUGCAGUGCGGGUCGGAUUCCCUCUCGGGGGACAGGCUGGGGUGUUUCAAUCUCACCAUCAAGGGGCAGAGUCAUGCCAAGUGCGUGGAGUUCGUAAAAAGUUUUAACUUGCCGAUGCUGAUGCUGGGAGGAGGUGGCUACACGAUCCGCAACGUGGCUAGAUGCUGGACCUACGAGACGGCCGUGGCGUUGGACACUGAAAUUCCCAAUGAACUGCCAUAUAAUGACUAUUUUGAGUACUUUGGGCCAGACUUUAAGCUCCACAUCAGUCCCUCCAACAUGACUAACCAGAACACCAACGAGUAUCUCGAGAAGAUCAAGCAACGGCUCUUUGAGAACCUGCGCAUGCUGCCGCACGCCCCCGGCGUCCAGAUGCAGCCCAUCCCCGAGGACGCUGUUCAGGAGGACAGCGGAGAUGAAGAGGAAGAAGAUCCCGAGAAACGUAUUUCGAUCCGCAAUUCUGACAAGAGGAUAUCCUGCGACGAGGAGUUCUCUGACUCCGAAGAUGAAGGGGAGGGAGGGCGCAAAAACGUGGCCAACUUCAAGAAGGCCAAGCGCGUGAAGACGGAAGAGGAGAAGGAGGAAGAGGAGAAGAAAGAUGAGAAAGAAGAGGAGAAAGCGAAAGAGGAGAAAGCGGAACCCAAAGGGUGA